AAAACAUCCCUGUACAGAGGACUUAUUAUUAAUAAAGGAAUAUUUGUUAUAUGAAACUUUAACCUGUUUCACUCAAAAUACCGGAUUAUCUCACAUACAUUGUAGUGCAAUCUAACAAGCCGGUAUGGACAUUUUUAUGAUGUGCGACAAUAAGUUGAUAGAUAUGCAAAAUCCGAUGGGAUGAGUUGAUAUUGGAAAACUGACAAGGCGGAGAUUGUCCCAUUGUUACAACAACUUUAAAAAGCAAUAGUUUCACUGACGACUCUGCUUGAAUUCAGAACUCGUUUGCUUCACAUUUCUGGUGAGGGAAGAACUAUUGAAAAUCUCAGGACACGGAUUUAAAUAAGCCAAAUUAAUUCACAAUCAUAUCAUAUGUUUGAUUAAUACUGUUAUAAAAUGGAUACUUCUACAAACCCUCGAUAAUGCAACACAAACGUAUUAGCAUUAACGCUUUUGUAAAGGAUAAACACAAAUGUUUUAAUGUAACUGAAAAACAGUUUUGAUUAACAUGUAGUAAAAAUUGCGACAGUGAAACAUCUAAAAGACACCGAAAAUGGAAUUAAAUGAUAGUGAUCAGUCAAAUGUCACAACUGUGAAUGAAGUAGUUUUUAUAAGGGAUGGCAAAACAUUUGAAGAUGCUGAAAAAGAUCAAUUGAAAAUUUUCAUUUGGCCGCUUAUAUUUACGUUCAUAUUUGCAGUGCUGGGAUUUAUAGGAAACAGUAUUGUGAUAUAUAUCUACUGGAGAAAGUGGAAGAAAAAUAAGACCCGUGUAUUCAUUUUGACCUUGGCUAUGCUAGAUUGGUUGAACUGUGUAUUUAAUAUGCCAGUUGAAAUUGCCGUUUUGUGGCACCCAUUAUCGUUCGAUUUACAUUACUUAUGUAAAAUUUCACGAGGUUGCACUUUCUUUAUCAACAACACAGGAUCAUUGGUUCUUGUAUCUAUUGCGAUAGAACGUUAUAUUCUAGUAUAUUACCCUUUGAAGAGUAGGCAACUUACGCCCAAAUUUGCAAAAGGUAUGUGCUUACUUGCUUUCACAAUAACUUCAGUAUUUUCAUGGCCGUCCUUCGUUUUCUACGGCAGCCACACACUUACCAUUCCGUUUGCAAAGGGUGUCAAUGUUGUAGGGAAGACAUGUUUAAUUGCUGACGAACACGAGUUUAGAACUGGACUGCUCUUGAUUUUCACCACGGUAUUGUUUGCCCUGCUUGUUCUGACAUUUGUAGUGCUAAUUGUGCUGUAUAUCGCAAUUGGGAGAAAAAUCUACAUUGCUACAUGCACAGACAUAACGUCAGAUGGAAAAGAAGAAGUAACUAGUUUAUUCAGCAAAAGUAUAAUUUCUGCGAUAACUGGAGUUGCAAAACCCACAGAAAUGAAAAGAAAUUCAAUUAGCAGACACACAAACAGUUUCAGUGGCGGCGACCAAAUGAAGGUUUCCAAAAAUUGUCAGGAACGCACGUUAUCUAGCAUAAAUGAAGCGGUCGAAAUUGAGGACUCGAAAAAAAACACUGACCCGGAUGAAAAGUUAUCUCCGUUGCGAUACAAGCGUAACAGUCGAAAAUUUUCGACAGUAAAAACAAAACCAACCAGAAAAAAUACUGUGAUGAUGAGAAUGGUUACCAUAGCAUUCAUGGUAUCAUUCACGCCAUUUUUAUGUAUUCUCAUAAUACGUUACUCGAACCCGAAGUACUACUUUGGACUAGAUAAAUCAGGAAAAAUUGCCUAUCAUGUCUUUUUGAGAACUUAUUUCAUAAAUAGUAUGGUCAAUCCUUUUAUCUAUGGAUUCAUGAACCUACAUUUCAGAAAACUGGUGAAGGAAUUAUUGUCAAACGUGUUUUGCAGUAAGUGUUGUAGAAGGAAUUAAUUCAAUAUUUAGUGUAAUUUGAAACUACAUUUUGAAUAACCCAACUUGUAACAGAUGUUUUUCUGCCAAUGCUUUCUUAGAUCUAUCCUUGUCCGCAUGUCAGUCCGUCUACCCGGAUGUCUGUACGUCCGUCCAUCAGUUCGAUUUCGUGUUGUGUGUAUCUUAAUAAAAUGUUUGACAUAAAGUCAUCCAACCUGAAGGGAUUGUUGAUCAGUAUGUGAAGUUGUAGUAACGGGGUUUUGUUUUUGUUCGAGAUUUCAAAAUCAUGAAACCUUUCGGCAUUUGAAAUUAUGUAACUGCAGUUUAAACUUGGGUCUUACUUGGGAUUUCAUACAUUAAAUGCCUGUCUAAAUAAAAAUCCAUUGUUAAUAUCUGACCAAUUAAAUGUUGUGAUUUUUAAGUUAAGUGCCAUACUUCAUGUUCGAAAAUGGCAAUAAUUACCAGUUAUGGGAUUUUGUUUCCGAAAAGUGCAAAAGCGGUCAACUUCGAACAAUAUUUAUAUAAGUUCCUUUGAAAGUCUUGAUAACGAUACAUGAUGUCAAUAAUAUAGAUUAUGUAAAUCAAACAGCAGACAAUGGACAAACAAAUAAAUUUACAUGUAAAACGUGA